ACCGAUUAUAUUACUUUGCCAAGAUAGAAUUUCACCAGCAUAAUGACAGAUUACGGUUCCUGGAACCUUACCGCCUUGAGAAGCGAACUCAAGAAACGAAAUGCGCGAGUAUCGGGGCGAAAAAGAGAACUCGUUGAAAGACUUGAUGCAUACGACAGAAACUAUAACUUUGGUGGUGGUGAAAGAGUUGAAAGGGAGUACUGCAUGGAAGUCCCGAGUUAUGAGAAAUAUAAAGACAUUAAUAAAGAUACUGUGAUUACAAGAAUUAAAGAAGAAGCUGUAUGUGCAUACUUGGGGAAAAUGAACAGAGAAAUUGAUGCAAAUGUUAGAUACCUUUAUGAAAGCAAAUUUUUAAAGUAUGCAAGAUUGGCAUGUGAAGAUGGGCUAUUCUUUGUGAAAGCUGAAUGCAAGGCACAGAUGAAGAAAACAAUGUCGUAUGCUGUCGAUGCAAGUUUUGAUGUUGAUGGAUGUGUUGUUGAAUGUCAAUGUGAGUGUGCAGUAGGAAUGGGUCCAGUUGCAGCAUGUAAGCAUGUAUGUGUUAUUUUGUAUGCUCUACAGAAAUUCUGUGAGAAUGGUGACUUGACUACUGAGGAAACUUGCACCCAAAAUUUGCAAACAUUUCACCAAACAAAACCCUACAAGGGGAGUCCGAUUAAAGCUAAAGACCUCCCUCUUGCAAAUAAUGCUGAAGUCAUUUAUGACCCACGUCCACUUCAAUUUAGGAACAUGUCUGGAUAUCAUGACACCUUUAGGAACGUUUGGUUGAAUCACCCAUCAGUAAAUACAUUACCAAUUUCACAUUUAUUUUCAAUCGCAAACACAACUGCAAUGGAUUCUGACCAUGAUUAUUUUCAGGAGAAACUUUCUGAAAUGUGGCUGAAAAAUUCCAAUAUUACAAACAUUACUAGUAUGGAAAUUGAAAAAUUUGAAAAUCAAACUCGUGGCCAAAGCAUCAAUCCUCUAUGGCAGUCAGAAAGGUGCAAGAGAAUUCACUCCUCAAAUUUUGGAAAAAUCUGCAAAUGUACAGAAAAAACUAAUAUGCAUAAUCUUGCCAAUCGUUUAACUAAAUAUACCCCACAAAUCAAUGUUGCACCCAUAAUCCAUGGUAGAUGUUACGAGUCAGUAGCCAUAAAAAGCUUUGAAGAAAAAUGCAAAGUAAAAACUCAAAAAUGUGGCACAUUUGUAUCCAAAUCCCACCCAUUUCUUGCAGCAUCUCCAGAUGCUGUAAUUGAUGAAACCUCCAUUUUAGAGGUAAAAUGCCCAUUCACUGCAAAACAUGAACAUAUUUCUAAUGAAACUGUUCCCUUUUUGAAGAAUGUAAAUGCUUCCUUAGAACUUGAUAUGUCACAUGAUUACUUCUAUCAAAUACAAGGGCAGUUAUUCUGUACAAACAGAACUGAAUGCACUUUAGUAGUGUACACAUUCAAAGACCUCAAAGUUAUACCAGUGCCAAGAGAUGAGGAAUUUAUUGAAAACAUGAUUCACAAAUGAGAAUCAUUUUUUGAAAAAUAUUUCAGAAGUGCAGUGUUGAACAAAUUUUAUCAUCACAUCUAAGUGUCAUAUUUGGACACUGAGUCAUGGUAUUAAUUGUAGCAAGACAUUGUUUAUAAUAUAUCACCAAACCCAUUUAGUGAUUGUCAAUUUCUUAUGUUGUGGUUUCAUAUAUUUUUUUAUAAAAAAAAAAUUCAUAUCAUU